AUGGAUUCCACAAACACUAUCACGAUAUCCUUCCUUAUUCUUUCCGACACUCAUGGCAAAGAUCACAUUAUGCCGAAGGUAUCAGUCGACGUCGCCAUCCACUGCGGGGGCAUUACCGACGAGUCAAAACUGGAAGAAUAUUGCUCCUCCCUUGAGGUUCUCAAGUCUAUCGACGCCCCCUUGAAGCUCAUCAUCGCAGGCAACCACGACUGGUCCCUCGACGAGUCCGCCUACCAGCGGCUAACCGCGGAAGCCAUCACCAGACUGGAUAUUGGCCCCGAACUCGUGAGGAAAGAAUAUGGCGAUGUUGGCCAGGCUCGCCAGCUGUUUUCAGAGGAGCAAGGUAUCACCUUCCUGGAUGAGGGCAUCCACAACUUCCGCCUACAAAACGGAGCGGCCUUGACAGUGUACGCAAGCCCCUUCACGCCUUCUCCCGAAGCAAGCAUGGGCUUCCAAUUUAAACUCAACGACGACCAUAACUUCUCUGUUUUGCCGCCGGACAACAAAAGGGUCGACGUCGCCAUCACACACGAGCCACCAAAGAGCGUACUUGACCGAACGGCCUCCAUGAAGCGGGGCGGCUGCGACCAGCUGUUUGCCGCCAUCGCAAAGGCUCGCCCUCGCCUCCAUUGUUUCGGCCACAUCCAUGAAGGAUGGGGAGCCAAGCUCGUUACCUGGCGUGGAAAAGAAGGGACAACAACCACCAUCACCGCACCCUCGCACCUGACAGAGAUCGAUAAUGGCGCUUCAAAACUCAUUGACAGCGUCGCCAACUACAAGCCCCGGAAAUUCGAAGGGGAGGAUGAUGUUAAGGACAGACAGAACCGGAAGGAACAGCUUUUCAGGAACGGGUUCAAAAGAACAAGCCAUUGCAAGGAUGACAAGUAG